AUGUCUCUCGCCUCCUUCAUCACCCAGCUAGGUGCCGAGAUUGAGGAUGCCUCGGAAGAAACCUUUUUGCUCUUCUCCCAAGACAUCCCCUCUCAGAAUCUUGGCAUAAUCGAUUCACAAGCCCCUGUUCUUGACCUGACCAUCGGGUCUCGUGAUCUGGUCAUCAAGCAAUCCCCCGCUGUUCUCAACUCGGCUCGAGGGGGUGGCACUACAGGUGCUGUUGUUUGGAAAGUCACUCCAAGGUUCGCCGAGUGGUUGGUUUGCCCUGGCAAUAUUCUAUCGAAACAUGGCAUCGUAUCUGCAAAGUCGAGUGUGCUUGAAUUGGGAGCUGGCAUUGCCGGUAUCGUACCACUGACCUUGGCUCCGCUGGUUCAGCAAUACAUCGCCACGGAUCAAGUGUAUGCCCUCAAACUCCUCAAGGAGAACAUUGAUCAGAACAUCGCGACAACUCAGACCGGCAAGAGCAGGAAACCUUCCAAGAAGGCGAGCCUGACACCAGCCUCAAACUUACAAGUCUUGUCGUUGGAUUGGGAGACAGACGAUGUAGACUCUUUUCUCAAGAGCAACGAUGCAGCUGGAGGUGUUGAUUUGGUCAUCGCUUGCGACUGUAUCUACAACUAUGCGCUCAUCAAGCCAUUCGUUCAGACAUGCAUGGAUGUUUGUCAAUCAAGAACAUCCGAACGAGCAACAGUCUGCAUAAUAGCACAACAACUCCGGCAGCCAGAUGUGUUUGAGGAAUGGCUUGACGAGUUCAACAAGUUCUUUACAACAUGGAGACUCUCAGACGAUGCUUUGACGGCGUCACUGAGAGAAAAUUCGGGAUUUGUGGUUCAUGUCGGCAUACUGCGUGAUGCUCUUGCGAGAGCGGUAUGAGACGGUCAGAAAGAGUGGUUUGUUGGGACAUAUGCAUGUCUGCAAGUAGUCAGAGUAGAAUUGUGCUACGUUGUAUCAGGUCACGGCUCGGAUCAGUCGGUAGCACGGUUUUGGCACGAAAUGCAUGGUUCUGGAGUAACGGAACGCGGGACUUGUCAAGUAUGAUAGAUCUUGUAGCUGUAUUUAUAGAUGGAUUGUUUGGUACACUAUUCAACACCUCAUCUGAACAGUUGACAUGUCGCAAUGUUCAGACAAGGAUGAUGAAUCAUUGCGUCAGGGUUACACGAGCCAAAGUAUGUUUUGCUUAAGUCCGAGAUAUGGCGGGGAAUGGCUCUAGCAAGAGGCAGG